UCAAAUAAUUUAGAACACAAAAAGGUCACGUGUACAUAAUAAUCAGUCCACAAAUUAAUUUGAACGCAACUAUAAUUUAAUAUAAUGGCAUCACUGACAUUAAACGUCAAACCCAACACGCGAAAUGUCAAACUGUCAAAACAAAUAGGAGACUCUUCGGAGAAAAUUAAUUCACUCCCCACCACAGAACAAAAGCCAGCUUUCACCAUGGGCACCGCGAUGUUCGCCAGAGUGACUUUCUAUCCCACACUCCUGUACAAUGUGGUGAUGGAGAAGGUUACCAGCCGCCGGUGGUACGAUAGGAUGGACGACACCGUUAUCCUGGGAGCUCUGCCUUUCCAGGGCAUGACCAAACAGUUGAAGGAGGAAGAGAACGUGAAAGGCGUGGUGUCCAUGAACGAGACGUACGAGCUGAAGAUAUUCUCCAACGACGCCGAGAAAUGGCGGGAACAGAAUGUGGAAUUUUUGCAGCUGGCAACGACUGAUAUUUUCGAGGCUCCCGACCAAGACAAGUUGUACGAAGGUGUCACUUUUAUUAAUAGGUUCCUGCCCCCCGGCGGCAAGCUGUCCGGCGUGCCGUCCGACGCCUCGCAGGUGAACAGCGGCAGCGUGUACGUGCACUGUAAGGCGGGGCGCACGCGCAGCGCCACACUCGUCGGAUGCUACCUCAUGAUGAAAAACGGCUGGUCUCCCGAGGAGGCGGUGCAGUACAUGCGCACGCGCAGGCCGCACAUCCUGCUCCACACCAAGCAGUGGGAGGCGCUCGACAUCUUCCACAAGACGCACGUACGACUAUAACGUUGACACCAUACGGUAGGGUUGCCAGCGUUACUUUGUAGUUUGUUUUAAAUUGGACUAUCAUUUCGAAUUUAUAAUUAUGAAAAUAGUGGUAAUAAUACUAUUUGUAUGACUAUUUUAUGGGCCUAAAUAUUUUAAGAAGCAAGUGUUUAAGGUUUCUUGGAAGAUAAAAAUACGCAAAGCCCCUUUAUCAACAAAUCUAAUGGUAGUUUCGUUACAUUAUACUUUACGAAUAAAAUUUUGAGUAUACAGAGACAAUUAAUUGUAAUUAUUGAAGCUUAUGUUUUUACUACUAUACUUGUAAAAUAUCGCAAUAUGUUAUUGGAAUAAUGUUGGCAGUCCUAUAUAUUGUAUUUAGUGCACAAAUUGGCAAAUUUAACUUAGUUUUAUCAAUAAUAAUGUAGGAAAACAUUAUCGCAUGACUUUACCAAGUUGUAUAUUUUGUAUAAAAGCGUCGACAAUUAUUUUAAUGUGUCGUUUGUGCUGUUUCACUAUAUUAUUUGAGAAUACCAGCUUGGUACUAAAGUGUUCUAUGUCACAAUAUUAAAAUAUCGAAGAAACUUGGAACGGCGAAUAUUUAUUUAGGAAUCUUGAAAAUCUUUGAUACCCUAAAAUAGUCGUUAAUUUAUGUUAAAAAACAUAUAUAAUUACGUUAUAUCUCAGUAUUUUCAUUUUAUUGGGACAGAAAAAUAAUAUUAUUAUUUAAAUAUUGCAGUAUAAGCUACUGUAAAACUUCGUUGAUUGAUAAAAAAAUAAAAACAGUAGCGGAAAAGUAAUUUAGAUGCGAAAAACAAGGAUACACCUCUUUGACUAGUGUAUUGGGAUUAUUUUUUGCUAACGGAUUGAUUUUGUACAAAAUGUUACAUAUUCCAUUUGGACCUUUGCUCCCAUUUUUUUUUAUUAUAACAAUAGCAUUUUUUUUUUUUGUUAACCCUAAACUGAAUACAUAACAGGGUUGCACUUACUUAAUUAUUUAAUAAACGACGCCAAAUGAAUAUUACUGUUAGCAAUUACUAUAAUUAUUUUCGAUUUUAUAAAAUAUAUAUUUUAGCCAUUAACAAUGUUAUCACUUUAUAUUGCUCCAUAGACAGAGGGACAAAUGAGUACUCAAGUAUAACCAAUCAGAGAGAGGCAUAGCGAAUGAAUUCCUUUUUAAAAAUUAACGUUGCUAUUAUGAGAAAUAAGUUCCAUGUUGUACAACAUAGCCAGAUUUUCCUGGUCAGGUUAAGGUCAGUCGGGGAAAGUGCGCCCUAAAAUUUUGAUAGCUGGAUUUAAUGCAAAAUAAUUUCUAUUUAUGCUGACUUAAGAAUGUAAUUUUGUUAAUUUAAACAUAUUUGGUAUUUUGCGACAAUGCCAUGGCCAUUCAAGGAAAUCAGACGAUUUGAUUUGAUGUUAUCUCUCACGGGGUCAUCUCUGUUUACAGGUCUAAAUGACACUUGAAAUAAGAUGGCGAAUAAAUCGUAUUAAAAUGAACAGAACCAUUUAUGUUUUUAGUGGAUCUGUAUUUCAGUUAGUAGCACAGAUAUAAGAUUGCUGUAAUUGUAUAACAUCAAUAGUUUUAGAUUUUUUUAGGGCAGGUGCACUUACCCCGUCGGCGUGCUUGCUCCCUCUGACCUUAUAUAUUUGUAUCGUGCUGCUCAGAAUGUGAUGGGGCUGGGUCCUAAAAUACUUUUUCUACAAGGCAUAUUAACCAAGAUUCCUUGCUUGGUAAAAUCCGAACAGCACAAAUCUUUUAUAUACUAGAUUAGUUAACGUCUCUAUUUUCACAAAGUAUUAUAUUUUUAUGAUAAACGUAAAGACAUAACGAAUGACAAUUGUAUGUGAAUAUGAAGAGAAUGUUAUGUAAAUAAUAUUUAUUGUUGAAUAAAUGAAUAUUUUAAA